GGGCGAUAUUCGUGUCUUCUGAGGCCGAGAGCGAUCUGAAAUUAAAGAAUGGAGACCGUGGGAGAGGAUGAGCCGGACCCUAUAAAGCUCAAGUCCAUCAAGAACAGUACAACAUUCACAGUGCCUCAAAAUGACAGGAAGAUAGACGAGUUUAAGGGAACACAUUUUUGAAGAGCAUAUGGGCGAUGCUAGGUGCCUUCGCUUUUUGAUUUUCUUAACUUGGAAGUUUGGGAGCUGCAGAAGUGUCAGAGAGUUUGAGAAACUCAACCGCAUAGGAGAAGGAACUUAUGGCAUCGUGUACCGAGCCCGAGACACCAAGUCAGAUGAGAUAGUAGCAUUGAAGAAGGUCCGGAUGGACAAAGAGAAAGAUGGGAUCCCAAUCAGCAGCCUCAGAGAGAUCACCCUGCUGCUGAGGCUCAGACAUCCCAACAUAGUGGAGCUGAAAGAAGUGGUUGUUGGCAGCCAACUGGAAAGUCUGUUUCUGGUGAUGAGUUACUGUGAACAGGACUUGGCAAGUCUGCUCGAGAACAUGCAGACGCCGUUCUCUGAGGCUCAGGUAAAGUGUAUUGUCCUUCAGCUGCUCAGAGGCCUCGAGUAUCUCCACCACAAUUUCAUCAUACACAGGGACCUGAAGGUGUCUAAUCUGCUGAUGACAGACAAAGGCUGCGUUAAGAUUGCUGAUUUUGGGUUGGCCAGGAUGUACGGCAUCCCCCAGCAGCCCAUGACGCCCAGAGUUGUCACACUGUGGUACAGAGCUCCUGAGCUCCUCCUAGGGACCAAGUCCCAGACUACAGCCCUGGACAUGUGGGCUGUCGGCUGUAUCCUGGCUGAGCUGCUGGCUCACAAACCUCUGCUGCCUGGAACGUCUGAGAUCCAACAGGUCGACCUGAUAGUCCAGCUGCUGGGAACGCCCAAUGAAAACAUAUGGCCGGGUUUCUCCCAGCUCCCUCUUAUUGGUCAGUACAGUUUGAGAAAGCAGCCAUACAACAACUUGAAGAAUAAAUUCACCUGGCUCUCUGAUGCUGGACACAGACUGCUCAACCUGCUCUUCAUGUACAACCCACAGCGCAGAGCUACUGCCAAAGAUUGUUUGGAGAGUUCCUAUUUCAAAGAGAAACCUCUACCCUGUGAACCAGAGCUGAUGCCAACCUUCCCCCACCAUCGCAACAAGCGAGCGGCUCCUCCAGCAGAAAGCCACUCGAAACGGAGCAAAGUGUGAUGAUGGAGUCAGUGGUGAUGAGACGGCUGGUUCAAAGACGACCCUGUGGUAGUGACACUUUCAGGAAUGGGCACUCAAAGAAGGACGGACUCCGUUUAAACUGAGUGGACCGAAUGUGGAUCUGGAAUUUUCAGCAAAUACAAACCAGUUCCGUUGGAAACAAACUCCGGCACCGAUCAACGUAUUACUGGACUGUUGACAUAGAUCUCUGCAGUGUAGUAUCAAAGGGCUGUAAGCACAGAUUCAGUAAUGUAGCUCCAGUGGUUUGUGGCACAGUGUUCCACUUAUAGGACCACUAGAAGUCUCUUUUCUGGAGUAUUUAUUUCGUACUGCUGCCAAGAUCUGCACAAGGUGAUGGUAGUGUAGACAAGGUUGCCUUGACAAAUAUGCUGAGGCAGCGUGUCCCUCGUGUUUCACAUUUGUCCUGUUUUUAGAUGUGCAGUUAUAACUGUUUGCUAUUCUGUAAUCAGUGUAAAUCCUAACAUCUAAAGUGUAAAAUUGAAGAAGUAUGAUAAGUAUGAACUUAAGUCUGAAAUCUGCACAAAAGACCUGUGAGGCUCCUCACAACCAUCAGAACGUGUCAGCUGUCGAAGUGUCCUUGGAUAAAAUGCUGAAACCCUGAAUGUGUUUGCUUUGUUGCUAGUUGUUAAAGUAAUCGUUUGACAUUUUGGGAAAUCUGCUUUUUUGUUUUCUUUUGAUUUGAAGAUUGAAAGCACUCAUGUCUGCUCUCUUAAAUGUGACUGUAAAGCUGGGAGAGUGGUAUCCAUCUUCUUGUCUAACUUUUGGGAAAAGAGUGUAACGUCAUGUUUUACAAAAUGUUAAUUUAGUCCCUUUAGGAGCCUUGGCUUGAAUGCUCAAAAUGUACUGUAAAUGAACAGUGGCCUCAUUGGUAUGAUGUAGAGCCCAACGGAUUCUCAAUUUUAGGGAAUAAAAGAUUAUUAGCAAACACUUGUGAUAAGUGUAUGUGAUUAUACAUUUUACUGUUCAAAAAUUAAAUUUCUAUAAAAUGA